CGAAAGAGCGAGUCUGAGUUGACAGAGUGACGGACUGACACAGGGACUCGAACCUUCAUCCGUGGCCACUGCUGCUGUCAGUCGGCACCGAGCGUUUCGCUGAGCGGCGGCGGACUACAUCCUCGCCGAGACCGGCACCAGCUCCCCGGGUUUAAAGGGGACGGCCAGGACGCCCGGCCCGGCCCGGCGCUGCUUGAGCCGUUACAAUGUUCCUGGCACGCAGGUACAUUCAUGGAAGUGGAAUGGCAUGCCUCCCCUGCAGGCACUGUUUCGUAAUCGAAGGUGUGAAGCAACAUACUGUAUGACGAGAGCAACUUCUGAUCACAACAAAAUGGACCUGCAUUGAGCAGAGCACCGUCAGUACAGCAGAACAAAACUCUCUCAAUAGCUGUCAUAACCAACAGGGGAGCUGGGCUUCAGUUCCCUAAAUCUACCUCAUAGAGAUCCACGGGCAGUCUAAAAUAGCCUCAUCUAACUUCAACUUGCUCACAAGGAGAUGGAACAUUGACAGCCGACAGGCAACAGAAGGCAGCUCCCCCCUCAACGUCCUCCGGCAGUCAUGGCAGGGCUCAAACGUCAUCACGAUGGGAAGAUUGCUGGGCUGUAUGACCUGGACAAGACGCUGGGUCGUGGACACUUUGCUGUGGUGAAACUGGCCCGGCAUGUAUUCACUGGGGAAAAGGUUGCAGUAAAGGUGAUAGAUAAGACUAAGCUGGACCCAGUGGCGCGUGGUCACCUUUUCCAGGAGGUGCGAUGCAUGAAGAUGGUUCAGCACCCCAAUGUGGUGCGCCUCUACGAGGUCAUCGACACGGCCACCAAGCUCUACCUCAUCCUGGAGCUGGGCGAUGGAGGAGACAUGUACGACUGUAUCAUGAAACACGAUGGAGGCCUGAGUGAAGAGGUGGCCAAGUGUUACUUUGCCCAGAUUGUCCAUGCCAUCUCCUACUGUCACCAGCUGCAUGUGGUGCACAGAGACCUGAAACCAGAAAACGUGGUGUUCUUCGAGAAGCAGGGUGUUGUCAAGCUCACCGACUUCGGCUUUAGCAACCGGUUUCAGCCCGGGACAACGCUCAACACUUCGUGUGGCUCGCUGGCCUAUUCGGCUCCUGAGAUUCUGCUGGGGGACGAGUACGAUGCUCCUGCUGUGGAUAUCUGGAGUCUGGGGGUAAUCCUCUUCAUGCUGGUGUGUGGUCAGCCCCCCUUUCAGGAGGCUAAUGACAGCGAGACGCUCACUAUGAUCAUGGACUGUAAAUAUACAGUGCCUCCACACAUCUCCCCUGCAUGCAGAGAUCUUAUAGGCAAUAUGCUGCAGAGAGACCCUAAGAAACGAGCGACCCUACAGCAGAUCGAGGGCCACCAAUGGCUUCAAGGUGUUGACCCCUCCCCAGCAACCAAGCUGUCCACUCCACUGGUGUCCCAUCGCAGUUUGUCAGAAGAGGAGCACGGCUCCAUUAUCCAACGCAUGGUGCUUGGGGCCAUCGCAGACAGAGACGCCAUAACUGAGGCUCUGGAGUCCAACCAGUACAACCACAUCACAGCUACGUACUUCCUGCUGGCUGAGAGGAUGCUGAGGGAGAGACAGGAGAAGGAGCAGCACACCCAGACACGAUCACCCAGCCCCAGCAAGGCCCAGUUCAGGCAAUCGUGGCCAACCAGAGUGGAUGUUCACCAAGACGUCAGUGAUGGGUUGGGGGGCCCAGCUAUUUCCCACCCUGGGGGACCCCAGUCUCCUGCCCGCAGUGCCGAGAGUCUCCACAAAGGCCCCAGACCCAAAACAGCUCUGCUGGACCUCAGUCAGCGGCAGGAGAACCACGCCACACAGCCUGCUCGACAGAACCAGGAGAGAGGGCUCAGGCCUCUGGCAAAGCCCCACUCCAACCCCCUCAGACUCGGUUCUCUGGCCACAGUGGGGCCCUGCAAACCUCGUAGUCCCAGUCUUUUUAGUGUGGAAGAGGAUGAGGAAGAAGAGGGGGCGGAAGACAAAUGCUUGCCCCCCUCUACGCUGCCUACCCAGGUGGUCCUUCGCUGCAAAGCCUCCUCCUCGUCGUCUUCCAGUAAUCGGCUGACAUCUCGUAUGAGUGCUCCAGUUCUUAACCAAAUCCAUGAGGAGGAUAAAGAGGAUGAAGAACAGGACGAGAGGGUGGGGUUGCAUGGGCUCGGUCCACCCAAACCUAGCCUGAGUCUCAAUCUGAACUGUAGGAUACCCUCACCUCUAACACUCUUGUCACCACCUAAAACUGUUGGUGUUACGGCACCGGUUGCCUCAUUCACUCCCAGCUCAGAGACUAGUGAUGAUGAUACAGAAAGUCACUAUAAACUAGAUUCAGCAAGUGUUGGUGGACACGGGAUUGAGAGAGAUGGGAGGAGAGAGGAUCGAGAGAAACAGGAAGCAGGACCGGGCAGUCCCUCCCACUGCGCCAGUCCUGGCUCAGGGUCGGGCCAGAGUAAGGGCACAGCCAAAGCUGCCAGCGGCCUGGUGGAAAGCCUAAAGCUGAUGAGCCUGUGCCUGAGCUCUCAGUUCCACAAUCUAACUGGGGGAGGAGGGGGUGGUGGUGGUGGUGGUGGUGGUGGUGGUGUCGGUGUCGGCAUUGGAGCGGACUCACAAGACCGGCCCAUGUGGAGGAUGUGCAUGGGUGGUUCCACUGGCAGUUUGGAUAAGGUUUCACUCUUGGGAGGGCCUUCACCCAGGGGGAACCUUUACCACCAGCCCCCAGUGGGAGACGCCCUGGCAGACCCGCUGCUGGAGGGCCCCUGCUCGGCCACCCUGAGGCUGGGAGAGUUGGACCUGGCCAGGGAGAACCACAGGAACAUGAAGAACCGCGUGCUACAGAUGCCUCUGAGUGACAAAACUCUGUCUGUCAACAUUCACCGGAGCCCCAAAGAGGGUCUUCUAUGCACGCCCACCCCACACAGCUGCUGCCAGGUCAUUUAGAGCGCAGACAGCCUUCUCCUUCAGCUGCUGCACCUCCACAUUCCUCCACUCACAUUCAUACACCGCUUUUUAUGCAUUUCAGUUAAGUCACCACAGGCUCAUGAGUACACAUCAGUUUUUUUAUUUUCUUUUCUUUUUAUGUUUAACACGGUGGAUAACUGGAAGAAAGUCCAAAAGCCAAAAUUGCACAUUUAGAGUCACAAAAAGGGGACUGAGCGCAACACCUGAGUAUGUGAAGCACUUUCAGCCGAUCAAACAGAACACCAAGGCUGCAUCUUAACCUGCAGGUGUGUUUAAAUAAGAGACAAUAAUGGAUACAAGAGGUGCUCACAACCCUGCUUUUACACACCUAUAUACACUGUAUGCACACAAUGUUCACACUGAGAAGCUGAUGAAAGUAUAAGCUGAUGAGUUUUAGCAUCAUGUUACAUAUCGUCUUUUUGUUUUACUUUGAAGAGUUUUUAAUGGCAUCAUUUUUAAGUUAUGUUUUUGAGACAGUCAUUUUAUCAUUGUUUUUUAUUAAGACUGAAAGAAUUAAGUUGUGAGUGUGUUUUCAUUCGAGUCAGGACAAUACAGGGUGAUAAUGGACAGCAGCACUUAAGUACGAUGGUGGUACACAAUAUUUUGUAGUCUAUCACUGUUUUAUUUUUCUAUCUCGAACAUGCUCUGCAGAAAGAAAAUGCACACACACUGGUCAAGUCACGGCAGAGUUUGUACAUAUGUGAAUAACCUAGCAGUACCCUGUACUAGUAGUAUUAACGGUAAAGUUGUAUUGCAGUAGAAACCGGAGUGCUAGAUCGUUAUACACCAUUAUUUUUCAUUCCUACUGGAUGUUCAGGGUUUUGGUUGAACCCACAGCCAGGGUUUGAUGGUUGACAAAACAAACAAAGAUUAAAAUCUCCACUGACUCAUAAUUAAACAUACCAAGGCAGCACUUUAAAUUCAAUUCAGUUCACUGUAAUUAGGAGAAACCUUGAAUACUGGGUACUGCCCAAACCGUGUUCAUCUUGUAGCCUUCCAGGAUCACAGUAGCCACUGUUGUAGCGUGUUCCAAGAUGACAAUGACAACUGAGGGGUUUCAACAGAACAUAACAGCUGCCCCUUCAAGUGUUGGUCUGUGUAACUGGAUGUGUGACCAACCCCUAGUGGAGUAUAUAACUUGACAGUGCAUGUGUUUUACUGUAGCAACCUUAUUCCUAACCCACAAGGUCAAGCCACCUGUCGUAUCUACCUAAGUAACAGAUGAAAAUGGUCACUUUACUGUAACCUCACAGCAAUACCAGCGACUACAAAAUGUACAACAAUAAAUGGAUGUGCCAUAAAAUCUGUCUUGAGCAUAUUGUACUGUAUAUGUAUAUGAUAGAGAUCUAUUAAAAUAAAAUGACGUGAAUGAA